AUGACCAAGAAGUCAGAGCCUUCGGAGGUGGCUGGCAAAGACAGGAGAGAUGGACAGUACUCACAUACAAAUGAGUGCUUCGCCUCAGGGCUCACGCGGUUGGAUAGAGCUGAUGCUGGGACAGAAAUUCAUUUCCCAAGAGAAAGGCGAGACGUGCACGCGGAACUCAGGGUUACACCAGAACAGCUCUCCUACUCAGAUGCAGGCCUGGCAAAUGUUCUCAAAAUAGCCCUGCCUCCAGCCUGUCUGUCCUCCUGCUCAUUUGCACACCACCGCCACCACCACUCCUCUGGCCAGUGCUACUCAGAAUUCUGUCCAGACGUCAUUCCUGGUCCGCAGACGAUUAGCAGUCUGGAUGAGAGAAGCACAGAUACUGAAGCAAGUGUUUAUAACCCGACGAAGCGUGAACAGGGCAAGCUUGUGGAGGAGGGCCAUGUCAAGCGGGUCCAAAGAGAUGGUUCCUGUGGGUUGUGGGUGGAGGGCAAUGUGAGUUCUCCUGGUGGAGAGCUGCAGUGGGUUUCAGGUCAGACUGUGAGGUCAGGAGGAGCUAGGCUGGAGCGGCAGGACAGUGCCCAUCAUGUCCCGUCGUGGACAGCUUUAUUUUCACUUGCUGAUAGGCAGCCGAGAGCGGAGGCCCGGCCGCGGGCGCCUCAGGCCAGCGUUCCUGGCCUAAAAUGGCUGCUCCGGACAAGCGCGGCAGCGGGCCGUGUGCAGACUCGCUGCCCGGAAACCAACGUCCCGGGGGAGGCCGGCGGGCCGUGGGCAGAGACUGCGGCUGCGCAGCUCGGCCCGGGACCGGUGGGGCGCUCUAGAUCAGGGUUCCCCGACCUUUUUGGCAUCAGGGGCCAGUUUUGUGAGAGCCAACUUUUCCAUGAACUCGGGGUGGGGGGUGGCGUUUCAGGCUGA